AUGUCUGCUACUACCGGUUCUCAGGCCCCCAACACGACUUUCACCUACAUCCCCUGGGCUCCCGAGCUUGACUCGGGCAAGGUGUGUGGUGUGCCUCAGACUUUCAAGGCCCACGACCGCUGGAAGGGCAAGAAGGUUGUGGUUGUGGCUAUCCCUGGCGCUUUCACGCCCGUGUGCCACCAGAACCACAUCCCCGGCUUUGUUGAGAAGAUCAACGAGCUGAAGGCCAAGGGUGUUGAUGAGGUGGUUGUGAUCGCCGUCAACGAUGCCUUUGUCAUGAGUGGCUGGGGUGUUACGGUCGGUGGCAAGGACCAGAUCGUGUACGCCUGCGACAACGAUCUGGCCUUCUCGAAGGCUCUGGGUGGAACGCUCGACCUUACGUCGGGUGGUAUGGGCGUGCGCACGGCGCGUUACGCUGUUGUGCUGGAUGACCUGAAGAUCACCUACUUUGGCAUGGACGAGGGCAACAUGGGUGCCCCCGAAAAGUCGUCGGUCGACGCGGUGCUGGCGCAGCUCUAA